AUGGGGGCGGGAGGUAAAGGAUCGAAGGGGCGGGAGGCAGAAAGGAGGGCGGGGGGUAAAGGAUCGAAGGAUGGAAAGGGGAGGAACAGGGGCUGGGGCUGGGGCAGGGGCAGGGACAAGGACAGAAGGAGAGCGGACCGAGGCUGGGCCUCUGAGCCCCUGAGGCCCUGGGAGGAGCAGGUCGCCGCUGGUGCACAUAAUGCACCACAUGCUUGGAAGGAGCAGCCUCGGCCUCAUCGAAGAAAAGCGCCCGCGAAUUUCGAAGAAUUUCGGCCCGAGGAGAGGAACGUCGUAAGCGGGGCCGGUGCUGGCGCUCAUCUACAACGUUGCGCGGUUGAUGGUGAUGAUGAUGAAGGAGGAGGAGGAGGAGGAGGAGCGGCGGCGGGGGCAGCAGCAGGGGCAGGGGCAGGGGCAGAAGGGGGAGAAGGGGGAGCGGAAGGUGGUUAUGGUUACGGGGAGGACGCAGUCUGCGGAGAUGCGCAGAAUGUGAGGACGGGGACGGCGACGGGGUUGGACCUUUCUUUCUUGCGCUUUCUUUUUCGUCUUGUCGCGUCUCGUCUCGUCGGGGGCGUCGGCUGCGUCAGCCAUUACGUGGUCCGCCAAAAUCUGCAAAAACUAUUGCUGCGCGGAGAGAUGGCACUGUCACUCGACGCACGACGGAAAUGGAGUUUUUGCGCGUCUGUGGUAAUGAUAGACCUUUUCUGUCGAGGAUCUUUCGUUUUGCUCUUUGUUCCUGGACUUGAUUCCCGAUCGGCCCCUUUGACACGCUUUUUCAAACCUCGCGAGCCCCCGUCCCGUGCUCUGAUGAUCGUCGUCGAUCCGCCCUCCUGCCCACGCCGGAGCCGCACCUGUCGCCCCCUCUGCCCACUGGGGGCUGACUUUCGCCCAUUGACUCGCAGCUCCCGGUGUCUCGUCGACCGGGCGUUUCUUGAGUUACAGCUGAAUGUCGUCGAAGAUUUUGAGCUUGUGCGUGUCUAAUUGAGCUUAUCGGAAGAUUUUCACCCGGGGCUGCACUUGACAGAGCUCGGUUCUGCUUCUGUUCGUGAAUUGUUGGUUCCUUACAACUGGUUGCUGUGCCAAGAUCGUUAGCUCGCUCGACCCCGGUGAAAUUUUCGCGCCUUGGUCCUCCUCCUCGUACAGUCGAAAUACGAGAGCUGCUGUAGGGGCAGGAUAAUCCUUGACAUUAUGUUGCGGAGGGCCUCUCGGUCGGUCUGUCCCUCGACCUUAGUCGCAGAAUUUACUCGCAAUUCAUCGCACACAAGCCUUUAGAGGUGGCGGUCGCUGAACCGUUUGCGGAUUGAGGUUCCGUCCAUGACAUUCCAGUGUCUGAUGGGGCUUGUCAGCAGCUAUCGCACCCCGCUUGCCUUGGUUGACUUUCACGAGUGGAAAACGAAACCCCCAGGGAUGUUAUGUCGAGAAUUUGGAAUUGGUGGAGGGCUGGAGAACCAACAAUCUGAAGAAGAAGGAAGGAAUCAUAUACUGAAGUCGGAUAUCCAUGCAACAAGUUCACGCCGUCUGCUGCAGCGGAUGAGUGAGACCGUUUGAAUUCGGCAGGGUCUGGUUGCAG